GCUCGCCAGCCAACCAACACCAGCGUCGAAGACUCGUCGACCCGGAAAUACCUGUCACUUAAAGGAGUGUUACUCACUUAAUUCCGCCGAGAGAUUGAACGACGAAAAUACACGCACGCACGCACGCACACACAUACAUACGUACAUACGCGCACAACCAAGAUGGCAGAAUACCCGGUCUCGGAAGGCGAGGUGCCCUUCGACGCCCCCGGCGCCGGAAAGCCCUGCAAGACUUGGUACAAGGUCGUCGGCAGCCUCGGAUCGGGCAAGCCGGCCCUCGUCACGCUCCACGGUGGGCCCGGCGCUGGCCACGAAUACCUCAAGUCGCUGACGGACAUCUACGAGCAGCACGGCAUCCCGGUCGUGUUCUACGACCAGAUCGGCUGCGGCCGGUCGACCCACCUGCGCGAGAAGAAGGCCGACGCCGGCUUCUGGACGUUCGACCUGUUUAUGCGUGAGCUCGACAACCUCGUCGAGCACCUGGGCCUGCGCCAGAGCGGCUUCUACCUGUUCGGGCAGAGCUGGGGCGGCAUGCUCGGCGGCCUGUACGCGAGCGGGCGACCGCGCGGCCUCCGGAAGCUGGUAAUAUCGAGCGGACCCGCCAGCAUCCCGCUCCUCGUCGAGGGAUUCGGGGCCCUGAUCGCCGACUUGCCGCCCGACGUCCGCAAGACUAUCGAGGACUGCAACAGCCGCGGCGACUACGAGAGCCACGAGUUCGAAGAGGCUGCCGCCGUCUUCUACAAGCGCCACGUCUGCCGCCUCGACCCGCCGCCCGAUGACGUGCAGUGCGCGUUCAAGAACCUCAAGGAGGAUCCCACCGCGUACCUGACCUUGCAAGGCCCAUCCGAGUUCGUCAUCAUCGGCUCCUUCAAGGAUUGGGAGGGGUACCACAACGCCCACAACAUCGAGGUGGAGACGCUGCUCCUCAACGGUCGCUAUGAUGAGGCCACCGACCUCUGCAUGGAGCCUUGGUUCAGAACGAUCCCCAAGGUCAAGUGGGUGACGUCCGAGAAAGCGAGCCACAUGGGCCACUACGAAGACCGCGAGCGCUACAUGAAGGUCUUGGGUUCAUUCCUCGUGAGCGGCGCCCCCUGAGGAGGCCUGUCUGGCCUCCUCUCCCUUUGCUCGCAGCGCCGAGUUGACGCGCCUGGUGAUUGUCUGUGGGAAGGAUUGGUGGAGGAUAGAAGGGUGAGACUCUCGUCGAAGACUUCCGGGUCUAGACCAGCUAGUUUUGGGGCCUUAAUGGUCUCACCCAAGCCACACGGAGACGUAAUCCUGCACUCACGACAGGCUGCUCGACGAGAAUAGGACGGUUGUUGCUCGUGGAUGCUGAACCGAGAGACGGGAUGCGUCAUGAAUUUCCCGAGCACGGAGAGUAUCCAUGCCGUUCUAGUACCUAAAAACAAAAACAAAAUUUUAGCUAGAUGCACCGUGAUUCAAGGCAACAUGCAGCGUGCUCCCGGCCAAUUCACCUUAGCUACGUAAACAUGGGUGAUGUCAAGGAGGCCUAUUGGCCACGACGCCCGACUUCAACUCGGCAAUUCACCCUCUAGACUAAUAAUAAUGAUAAUAUCACACCCCGUAUCGACAAGGCGUCGAGAUUCUCUACCGCCGGAAUAAUUGAUAUAUCUUCGGAACUCAAUGCCCCGGAUUUUGCCAGCAACCAGGGGGCUGGAGAGGGGGUGUUAGGUAGAGAUCUAGACCCCCCCGAAUACCCCUACUCAUAGUUAGCGAGAAUGAUCGCCGAACGAAGGGGGU